CGUUACUAUUUAUCUUUUAACGGGAUCUCAAAUUAAACAGAUCUAAGUAUACGCAAAGGAUAGUGAAUACAGAAUUGUGUCCAAAUCUUCGCAAACGUGACAACAAGAAAAAGAAAAGUAAACGCGGGCCGAGUUAGUUAGCUGACUGUGGCUCGCCUGUUAAAAUCACAAGAACCACGAACAACCCGGGGAGACACCGAGGUUGAACAACAAGUAGUAAUGUUGCCCUUUAAACAUUAACUUCAACUACGGAUGAUAAAUACAUCGAGGAUUUGGAAACAAAGUGGGAUAAUCGACUUUUUUUUAAAUUAAUUUGUUUCCAAGAAGAAGAAGCGCAAACAAUCUACAAGACAUUUGAAAUGUUGGGGAAACCGGGACUGGUUCUCCGCUGUCGGAGCCCCUCCGUUUACCGAGCCUGGACACAUUCGGUUCAGUGGAGCCUCGGGGGUUUCUUUUUGCUACUGUUUCUGGAAGGGACCGUGUGUCUCGCCAACCCCAGCACUAGUGUCCCUACUCUGGACAUCAACAACCACCCCAGUGUCAACGUCUACAUGAGUGAGGAGGAGGUCAACAAGCUUUUGGGUCUAGAUGCAGAGCUGUACUACGUGAGGGAUGACGUGGUAAACCACUAUGCUCUCUCCUUCAUCCUGCCUGUACCCAGCGAGACCAACAGCCUGCACUUCACCUGGCGCUCCAAGGAUAAGGUUGAUUACCAGAUGGGUUUCCAUGUGGACAACCCUGCAGCUAUGAACCAACCACAGAGCAACAUCUCUACCCAGGGGGAGGUGCCUCGCACAGCCUCAGUGUUCAGAGUGGACCUGUUCUGCUCAGGAAAGGUGGAUGGGGAAGUGGUCCUAACGGUACAACUCAACCUCACCGUCCAGUCCAACAACUUCACAGUGCUCAACUUCAAGAGGAGGAAAAUAUGUCCCAAACGAAUAGAUCCUGAUCUGAAGAUCCCUCCCGUUUCCAACAAUAAGACCGUUCAGCGGCCAGAGAAUGGAGUGUCCAUUCCUACCACCUCCACCAGGGUGUUUUAUAUCAGUGUCGGGGUCUGCUGUGCUGUCAUCUUUCUGGUAGCCAUUGUUCUGGCUGUCAUGCAUCUACACAGCAUGAAGAGAGUGGAGCUGGACGACAGCGUUUCAGACAGUGGCAGUUCCCAGGGCCUGUCCCAGCCGUCCACCCAGACCACCCAGUACCUGAGAGCUGACACACCCAACAACGCCAGUGCUGUCACCAACCAUCACCCUGGCACUGCACCCAUUCUCCAGCUUGCUGCCGCCACCUUCCCAAACCCUGGUGCCCCCGUCCAUGAAACCAGAAGCUACCCGUCACUACGUAUUGAGAAGAACGACCUGAGAAGUGUUAGCCUGCUGGAAGCCAAAGCCAAGGUCAAAGACAUCUCCAUCUCCAGACUGAGAGUCACUCUACGGGACGUCCUGCACGAAGGAACGUUUGGCCGCAUUUUCCAUGGUGUUCUGUUGGACGAGAAGGACCCGGCCAAGGAGAAGCAGUGCUUUGUGAAGACUGUAAAAGACCAUGCAUCUGAGGUGCAGGUGACCAUGAUGCUUACGGAGAGCUGUAAACUACGAGGACUUCAUCACAGGAACCUGCUCCCCAUCUGUCAUGUGUGUACAGAGGAAGGAGAGAAGCCUAUGGUACUACUGCCCUAUAUGGACUGGGGUAACCUCAAACUGUUCCUGAGACAGUGCAAGCUGGCCGAGGCCAACAACCCACAGGCCAUCUCCCAGCAGGACUUAGUCCACAUGGCAAUACAGAUAGCAUGCGGGAUGAGCUACCUGGCCAGAAGAGAGGUCAUCCACAAAGACCUGGCCUCCAGGAACUGUGUUAUUGACGACAGCAUGCAGGUGAAGAUCUGUGACAACGCCCUGUCCAGAGACCUGUUCCCUAUGGACUACCACUGUCUGGGAGACAACGAGAACAGGCCGGUCCGCUGGAUGGCCCUGGAGAGCCUGCUCAACCAUGACUUCUCUAGUGCUAGUGAUGUGUGGGCGUUUGGUGUGACCCUGUGGGAGUUGAUGACCUUGGGACAGACCCCCUACGUCGACAUCGACCCCUUCGAGAUGGCAGCCUAUCUGAAGGAUGGAUACAGAAUAGCACAGCCAAUCAACUGUCCCGAUGAACUGUUUGCGGUGAUGGCGUGUUGCUGGGCCCUUGAUCCAGAGGAGAGGCCUAAGUUCCAGCAGCUGGUCCAGUGUCUGACGGAGUUCCAUGCAGCGUUGGGGGCAUACGUGUAAAAUCUAGCCCCAGGCUUCUGUACGGACCAGGCCCGAAGGACCAGCAGGCCCAGGAGUUACUGAACAGCACUAAUCACCAUGAGGAAUACAUUUACAAACCUUGUGCCUUAUUAAAAAGAAAGAACAGACUUUCAUCAUCAUGACAAUGUUUUGUAAAGUAUAGUUUUUUUUUUUUUUUUGUAUGUAGUUGAAUCACAUUUCCGUUGUGUCGUCGAAGUGGAAGUAAUUGGUAUUUCUGGGAUUUGUGGAGGCUUCAAGCUGUUCUCUCAGCCAAGUACCAAGGAUUCUCUUUCUGAGGUCGUCAUAUUUCCCAGCAUGCAUCACAAGAAUAGACCUAUACCCUCACUAUGAAGGGAAACCCCACAAGGACGUCACUGCACACAUCACUCUUUUGAUAAAAAAUGUGCCAACAAGUCGUCGCAGCCAUUUUCCUAACGACUACGCUCUGAGGACCUGUUUUUAAAGACACACCAUGCUAAUAUGUCGUUUUUUUGUUGUGUUUUAGAGAAUUAGAGAUGUUCAUUUGUGGUUGUAGAUCUGUUUUCAGUGAGAGGAUGACAAGACACCAGAUUAAGCUUUUAAUGUACAGUACAGUGGUAGGGUACCAAAGUGGACAGAGGGUUUGCUUCUCAAAUUGUACCCUAGUCCCCUACAUUGGCCUCCACAUAGACCUCUGGUCUAAUGUGGUGCACUAUAUAGGGAAUAGGGUGCCAUUUUUGGACUUGGAUAAGAGCUUUGUCUGUGUACUGCUUGUUUCUUUCUGUCGUGGUAAACUCAAGGUACGGAAGGCUUUCUCGGGGGAUCGACGCGGUCAAUCGCCAAGGCCUAAGCAGAUCUAAUCUGCUUGACAUCUUGUGGAUACUGACUUGUCUCGUCUGUUCCUGAUCGCCACUUGAAGGACCCUACUGAACAUGUGUACUACACACAUUAGUUUCCCUCUUCCUUGGGAGACGUGCCAAUGGAGCGGCUGGCGUAGCUGACGACACUGAUCUCCUCAGCAUCUGUUCAAGUCAGUCGACCAGCCUGGGUGCCUGCUACAGGCCUGCGGUGGUACACUACAUACCGCUAGUGGAUUUCAGAGAUGUAUGCUUAAUGGUUGGUGUUAUCCACCAUCGUUCUCCUUUUGGAUGUUCAUUAUCACAACCGUCAAUUCCAAUCUCACAAAUAUCUGAGGAAGGAAUAUCUAACAAGGUUUUCAUCAUCAUCAUUAUUAUUAUUGUCAUUCUUCCUUGUUUUUGACUUUGACAGUUCUGUCAGAACAAAACCCAGGUUGCCCAAACACACGCUGUUUUGAGAAUGAGAAAAUAUGAGUUUAUACUAGAACACUAAUAAUCACUGUGAAAAUCAGAAUAACUGCCAAUCUGGCAACUCCAUUGCCAAACCCUGGCAACAUCAUGGCCAAGCUCUGGUCCAAGGCGUGACGUGCUGCUUGUUCAUGCUGAGCCCUUUGACCAGAGCAAUAUCACACCAACCUGGCAACAUCAUGGCCAAGCUCUGGUCCAAGGCGUGACGUGCUGCUUGUUCAUGCUGAGCCCUUUGACCAGAGCAAUAUCACACCAACCUGGCAACAUCAUGGCCUGAUCUUAUUUCCACACCUAAAAUCUGUCUGAUUUGUCUUCAAGAUCACUGCAUGUUAAAUUAAAAGGUGUUCAUUCUGUCAACUGAAAUUCAUACAAAUUAAACGGGACCCUUGAAAAUAAACAGGCUUUUCAUUUUUCUUA